UUUAAUGAGGCAAACGUAACAUCUUAGAGCAAAACAUACAAUAAUAGUGCGUGAAUAAACCGAUCUGUGCUGAUUAUUUGUUCAGAAAGCUACGUCGCCAACUAUUAAUAAUGGAACGUGCGGGGAAUUGCAACUUUUGCAACACGAUAGAUCCGCCAGAUAUAGAAACCAUAAACCCCAAUUCAACAAAUAAAAUACAAGAAGUUGUGAUUAAACAUUUUUGGUUCACCCUAGAUGAUCUGAAGAACUUUCAGAUUUGCUCCGAAUGUAGAGACAAACUCUUGGCUUUCCAUAAUUUCUACUGUCAGGUGGAGAAUUUGUAUCACAAGAAACUGCCGAAGAUCGAAACUGCUACCGAACCGGAAACUACCAAGCAGCACAGCCCCGAACCGGAAUAUGAAGAGAUUCAUUUCGAAGUAGAGGGAAUUACAAUAAAAUCGGAAGUAAAUGAUUCCUUUCUCAACGAAGAAAGUGACUCUAAACUCGAGGAUGAAUCUUACACUCCGACAGACAUACAGGAUAGCGAUGAGCAGCAAUUGGUGGAUGAUAGGGACAAAGAAUCUCCUGAGCACCGUGUGACAGACGAUGAUAUCAAACUGUACUGCCAAAUGAAUUGUGAGCUGUGUUCAGAGCGUUUUGAAGCUUUCAACCAACUGAAGAAACAUUACAGCCGAAUCCAUAACAAAAAGGGAUUCGUAAAAUGUUGCAAUUUACGCUUCGGUGACGCAAAAAGGCUCAAGGAACACAUAAAAGUUCAUAUCAAUCCCAGCAGCUUCCAAUGUGACAAAUGUGACAAGAAUUUCUGCUCGAAACGCAGUCUACGGUGCCACCAGUUGGUGAUACAUUUACCAGACGAUCAGAAAUUAUUUCGCUGUAAUAUCUGCUCCAAGAAGUAUGCUAAACAGUACCAGCUCAACCAACAUCUGAACACGCAUACAAUCGAAGCAAAGGAAGAAAACGAACUUUUGUGCCCCCAAUGCCAAAAACCAUACUAUAGCAAAGGAGCAUUACGAUUUCACAUACAAAGCAUUCACGAACGAGCACACGAGGUCCUGUGCGAUAUAUGUUCGAAAAUAUUCAAAACUAGAAGCGCCCUGACACACCAUCGAGCGGAUCAUUUCAGAACCGAGCGCGUCCAAUGCCCGACCUGCGGCAAAUGGUUGAAGAAUGAGAACUCACUGAAGAAGCAUAUGAUUCGGCAUAAGGAGGAAAAACUGGUCAUCGAAUGUGACAUUUGUGGGAAGCGAUCGCCCAGUUCGCAUGCUUUGAAGAAACACAUCAAAGAUCAGCACACGAGCGAAAGAGCUUACCAGUGUACUCUGUGUGAAAAGGCAUUCAAAAGACCGAUAGCGUUGAAGGAACACAUGGCAACUCAUACCGGGCAGUUGUUGUACUCGUGUGUUCAUUGUGGAAAAGAGUACAACUCGUCAGCUAAUCUUUGUUCGCAUCGCAAGAAGGCACAUCCAGUGGAGUGGCGCGAGUAUCAGCAUAAAAAAGAAGUCAAUGGCGUUGUAGCUUAUUGUAUUAAUUCAAAUAAUAAGAAAAAUAUAUGAGAUC